GGUCACUAAUCAUAAAUCAUCUCGUCAAUAAAAAAAAUAAAAUCAUAAAUCAUCUUUUUAAAAAGUAGGAAUUUAUAAAUCUGACGGUUGACAUAACUGCUUGUGUAUACGUGUCAUUAAUCGGCUUCCUAUAUUUUCUCUAUUUUUUUUUCUUUUGAAGUUUUUCUCUUUUACAUUGCACCCUCUCUCUCCUCCAUCGAAGCGCGUCCGGUAAAUUCUCCAUUGUAGCGCGUGCUCUGAAUCCUACAUUCAACCGGCUUCUGGGAUUUCUCUCCUCCAUUGAAGCAGCAUCUCAGGUUAUAGCUAUCAUAGGCUCAUAGCCCAUUAAACGAUUCGUGUGGUGUGCUUUUGUCUAUUGGCAACAAGGGCGCAAGCAAGACAAGGAGCAACACAGUCUAGCGCCAAGCUUGAUGAGCACUCUUGGCUUUUCGCGACAAGCAGUAUUUGCAUCGAUGCGACAUGACAACCAAGGUCAAGGGGGGCACAAGUGAGUUCGAGCUUUAUUUGUUUCAAGGUCUGUUUGGGAUGCUUUAAAACAUAUGGUGGCACAAUUGGUAGAGAGAUUUCACAAAUUUUUAUUCUUUCACCUCUCAUACACGAAAAAAUAGGUUUCUUUGAAUGAUGAGUGGGAAUUUAUAUAAUUUUCAACAAAUUCUUCCAUAACAAAUCACUUCACAACAAAUCCUCAACCAAAUUUCCAAGAUCACGAUUUUUCCUCACAAAGUAGCGUGUCAAUUGUUACUCAAUGAAGCUUUAGCAAUGGAGUUGAUAUUGUCUUACAACUAUCCCUACAAGCCCAUACCACCACCACCACCACCACCAUAUUAACAACAAAAUGUGCAUCAUCUAAGUAGAGCUAAUAAAAGAGAGAGAGUGAAGCUCUUAUACCUAGCUACAAACAAAGUGUUUAUCUCCAGUGUGUCUUACACUCCUCCCAUGCACCUCAGGUAUCAAAGUGGCACCUCUUGAAUUAACAUAAUUGGAAGAAGCAUCAUGCAUCAUGGGGAGUAGAGCCUUUGCCUCUUGAAAAAGCACACUAUCAAAUGGGUUUGUUACCAUGAAGAGAAUGAAGUGACAAUUUGGACUUUGCAUAUCAUAUUUUUUAUUGCCCGUUAAAAAAAUAUUGUACACGAAAAUGUUUAGGAAAUUACGAUGCAUUUUCUAUUGAAAAGGAACUUUGGGAUUGCUUCAAAGUGGUUGUUGUGGAAAAAAAGGAGAGGGAUGAAGAUGAUGUGAACGUAGUAACCAUUGGUACUUUUGGUGGUCUACCUUCUUCUAGUGGUGUGAAGAAAGCUAAGGCUUUGCAAUGAAGAGGCAAUCGAGGGUUGUCAUCAACACUAGUACAAAUUGCUAUAAAUUUGGGGGGGGAUUCUUAAAACAGUAUCGAUGUGAGGGGUUAUGGCAUGAACCUAUGAAAGAGGGGAAAAGCAAAUCCAAUUGGAUGGAAAAAAUGUUUAAUUUGAAGACGAGUAAAGUUGGAAUCAAUGAAGGUUAAGUGAGAUAUGCUACAGUCCUAUCUCACAAAGAAGAAUUAAGAGGACUUUGAAGACAUGAGAUCGGGGUAUAUUCACUUUUCUGAUAAACAAAAAAUUGGGAAUGUGGAAGUUCCAUCUCUGGUUGAUUUAUGUGUUCAAACAGCAAUAGAUAACAUUAGAUACAUUGGUAAUAUUGCUCCAUUAGAUUCACAUCUUCUAGAGCGCAUCUUGCCCCAUUGUACUGUGGAGCAGUUGAUGCAUAUUGAAAAUGCUACAGCUGAGAGGGAUCUUAGUCCAAUUACUGAUAAACUUUGGAAGAAAUUUUAUGAGGCAAAAUUUUUUGCUGAGAGUGUUAAAGUGGUAGAGGCGAGGAUGAAAAAGUAUAACGUGACAUUUAAUUGGAGACAACUGUAUCAGGCGAAAUUGAAGGAAGUAAAUGAGGCUGUAAAUGUAUCAGUAGAGCGACUAGCACAAAGAUUAAAGAAUGAAAGUGCCCGAAAGCAAACUCGUCAAAUCCAGUUUUGUUCAAAGGUUCCCCCCUCGUCUAAGAGACGGACUUUUUGCAGAGCAUUUGGAGAAUCAAGCGCCUAUUCCAAUGCAAAGAGCAGCAUUCUGAAGAAGGCAAAAGCUGAACACUUUAACAGUGCAGAGAUGAAGAACCGGGCAGCUAUACGAAAAGGAGCUGUACAGCAACCAAGAAGUAACAGUAUCUCGAGGCCUCAAAUUUCUCGAGGGAUGGGCCCUAAUUCAAAUUCAUACUCAAAAGGGACUAAGUAAGCUGAUUAAUUGGGGAAGUGAUGAACGUACAAGCAAUGCCUUCCCGCCUCUGCCAAACAUGUACCAAGAACGUUACCAUUCAAGCAACUUUGAGUCUUUGACUGAGGUGAUCUUAUUAAACUUCCAGCACUGCCAAAUCUGAGCAGGACCUGUCUCUUUUUCUGUAUAUUUGCAUAGGCACACAGUAUUAAUCUGCGCUGUGCAGUUCUGUUGUAUGUACAACAUUUUAAAUCUGGACCAUCUACCCUUAGUGAUGGAAUAAUCAAUCCAGCAUAAUCUGAAGCCUUGAGCUACUUUUGGCUGAUCAAUUUUUAGGAUUAUUUUCCAUAUCUUGUUCAUUGAAUUUGUGGUGUUUUAUUUGUGGAUCAUAAGAUCUUCACACUUUUGAAUUUAUAUACUUAUUUUAAACUAGC